UCCACUCCCGACUCCCCUGGUGUUUGGGUUAUAUAUUUUAUUUAUGAUUUUUUUCCCUGCAUACGAGAGACGUCUUUUGCUAUGUUCUAGGCUGCCCAUAAAGUCUGAAGCCUUCACAAUCGCCAUUUAUAAUUUCAGAUUCUGAAGUCGAUUCCUUUACUGUUCCUCAAACUACCAAACAAGCAAACGAAAGCGAUCAAAUACCUAAUUGUACUAAACUGCUUUUUAAAAAUAAAAAUAAAAAUUGAAACUGUUACUAUUAGAAUUGUACUAAACUACUUUUCUCUUUUCCUCUGAAUUCGACACAAUGUGAUCGGCUUAAUCUUUAAAAACAUUCUAAUCACUCUGUUUCUGCAGAAUAACUUGUUCAAUUCAUCCAUUUGAAGAGCCAUCAAAUGUCUAAUUCUGAUGUCAACUCUGCGAAGCCAGUUCACAUAUUAUUUCUCCCUAGUGGUCUGGGAGUGGGACAAAUGGUUCCGUUUUUCCGACUAGCUUCCAUGUUAGCUUCACAGAAAUGUAGAAUCACCUUCAUCACUAUGCUACUUGAAAUAUCUACCACAAAGUCGAGCUUCAUCUCCAGCUUUUUCGCCGAUCACCCAGAAAUUAAUCGACUAGAUUUUCAAAUUCUUCCCUUGAAUACCUCAACUUCUCCAAUUAAUGAUUCAUUCAUCAUGCAAAUUGAUGCGAUUAGUAACUCACUUCACCAGCUCGGCCCUCUGGUAUCUUCUUUGAAUGAACCAGUUUCUGCUAUUGUCUCCGACUUUAUCAUUGCUUCUAGUCUUUCGCAAAUUGCUACUAAUCUCAACAUUCCUCUUUACAUUAUCUCCACAACAUCAGCUAAAUUUUACUCUAUUGUGGCAUUCCUUCCUCUGCUAUUAUCCGAAGAUCCUACCGCUUUUAAAAACCUUUCUGGCAAUCUUGAGAUUCCAGGUUUAGGAUCAGUUCCAAAAUCAAGCAUACCCCGUUCGUGGCUGGAUGAUUCACCUACAAAUUAUGUAUUGAAAACCUACUUGCUGCCAAAUGCUCGAGCUCUCCCUCUAGUGACUGGCGUCUUUCUGAACACAUUUGACUGGUUUGAACCAGAAACGAUUGCUGCCCUCGAUGGUGGAAGAGUGACCAAUUCUCUUCCACUUGUUUUUCCUGUUGGUCCUGUGGGAAAUAACAAGCUAGGAGGAGACAAUCAGUGUUCAUGGUUAGACGAACAACCUGCUGAAUCAGUUGUAUAUGUCAACUUUGGAACUAGAGAGCCGAUUUCUUCACAACAACUAAGAGAAAUAGGACAAGGACUGGAGAUAUGCGGAUAUAAGUUUUUAUGGGUGCUAAAAGAAGAGCUUAUAGAGUUGUUUGGAGAUACAGAGAUGGAAAAGAAAGGGAAAAUAGUGAAAGCAGGGGAGAAUGAGGAAGCUAUUAUGGAACAUUCAUCCAUUGGACUUUUCGUGAACCAGUGUGAAUGGGAUUCAGUGAUGAAUGCAGCUUGGUUAGGAGUGCCAAUGCUAGCGUGGCCACAACAUGGUGAUCAAAAGUUGAAUGCAGAAGUUGUACAGAAGGCAGGAUUGGGGAGGUGGGUAAAAAAAUGGGGUUGGGGUGAGGAAAAUCUAGUGAAUGGUGAGGAAAUUGCAGAGAUGGUGAAAAACUUGAUGGGAGAUGUUAAUAUGAAGGUUAACGCUAUGAAAGUGAGGGAACAAGCUAGGAAGGCCAAUGAAAUUGGAGGGAGCUCUGAGAAGAGGCUGAGGAAAUUCAUUGAAACAUUAAUAGCAGAACAAAAAUGA